UGUUCAGUAAACAAAAUUUAAAAAGUAGUAAAUAAAAACACAAAUAAAAUCAAAUUCAAUAAUAAUUGAAGUUUUAAUGGUGUAGCAAAAAUGAGGCCCAAACCCCACAAGAGAAAUGGACAGUUGCAAGGACUGGCUCUAGAAUUUUUGAAGAAAUUCGAUGUCGAUUUGGACAAGAUCAGAGAGGAAGUCGAUAUUCGCAGAUUCGAAAUGAUAGAUUACGAGGAAAAAGUUAAAUUCUCGGUUUUCGGCGAGAAAGAGUCGAUUUGCUACGAAACCGAUUUUGUCAUUUACAAUAUCAAUUUUCAAGCAAAACUACUCACUUUUGAAUAUGCAGCGAAAUCUGAACUUCUCAAACUAGAAAUAGACUGCAAAACUUCCAGCAUAACUAAAGAAAUACAGUAUUGCUGCAACUCUUUGCAAAGGCGCAGAAAUCUAAAUUUAAUGUUUUUAACGCUCAUAUCUUUUGCGAGAUAUUUAGAGGCGCGUCGAUUGAUUAUCAAUUUACUUUUAAAAAAGAACAAAAAUGUUACUAUUGAAGACAACAAAGAUGGUGGUAAAAUUGUAGUUUAUUCAGACACAAAGAGGAAUAUUAAAGUAGGAGUAUUUUGGAGUUUGGAAUACAAUUCUGAUUAUCAAAUCAGCGACAAGGUGGAAGUUUACUAUAAAUCUGCUGAACUUCCCAGCGUAGAAGACAUUAAAAAUCAAUUAUCGCAUUUAACAGAGCCGCACUUAGAAUUCAUAGAAAAAUACCACUUGUGGAAGAAAAUAUUAGAUUCUUUGUCAUUUGAUCCUUCAAUUAUUGUUGUGGAUAAUGACAAUUGUGUAGAUAGAUUCACAGGAAAGCACAACGGAGUAACAAGUACUGAUUCAAAUGGGGUUUCAGUAAUUCGCUAUCCAAAUUUAAUACCAAAAAGGGAAGUCAAGAUUCAAGAUUCUGAUGAAGAACUAAUUGACGAUUCGUUUAGUGACUUGGCAAUUAAUCACAAAGUGCAGGAAAAUAUUGCUUCGACAACUACAAAUGAUCAAGUGAUCUAUUUAGAUUCUCCAAUGUGUUCCAAUGAGCAGAAUAGUUUAACGAAAGCAACAAAAAACGAGGUGAUUAUUGAAUUGCCAUCAGACACAGAGGAUAAUGAUGUUAAUUCAAAUUUGAAAAAGACUAAUAGUAGUGAUAGUGAAGUACCUUCUAAGAGGUUGAAGAUGAGUGAUGAUGAUGAUUUGGAAUUUACUGGAAUAACUUAUUUGAUACCAGAUUAAAAAAGUUUUGAUUGAAAAAUUGUUUUUGUGCCAGGAGGAAAAAAAAAAAAAAAAACAUUAAACCACGAUUUAUCAUGAUCUUUAAUUAUUUUAAUAACAAAAAUAACAGAAUAUAUUAAUCGCCUACAAGGCAUAAAUAAAGCUGCCUUCUAAAAGCUGCUAUAAUACUUAAAAUUACAUAUGAUAAUAAAAAAAAAAAUUCUGCCACCAAUUUUUUAGUGUGGGUAUAUAAAAGCAAUUAAAAAUAUGCAUCCAAUUUGAUGUCUUUAGGGCUUGAAGUUGGACUGUGCCUCUCAACCACUUGUCCCUCUUUGUCAACGACAAAUUUUGUAAAGUUCCACUUGAUGAAGCUGCCCAAAGUACCACCUUGUUUCGAUUUCAAGUAAACCCAUAAAGGAUGGGCAUCUGCACCGUUCACAUUAACCUGAAAACAAGUCAAACUUAACAUUCUUUUUAGAAACAAACUCACAAAUCUGAUCGUUGCUGCCAGAUUCUUGGUGUCCAAACUGAUUGCAAGGAAAUGCUGUUAAUAAACAAAAACUUAACACUCAAGCUUGUACGGUUUAAACAAAUUCUCACCUAAAAUCUUCAGGCCCUUAUCUUCGUACUUUGUGUAAAGCUCGUUCAAGUCUGCAUAGUUGGAAUUGGUCAAGCCGCAAGCCGAAGCAACGUUCACGAUGAUACAAACGUGUCCACGAUAUUUCUCGAGAGACACAUCGUUGCCUUUAAUAUCUUUGACGGUGAACUCGUAGAUGCUUUUAGCUGCUUUCGGAUUUUCCGGAUUCGACAUGGCGAAGCUGAAAUCUAUCUACCUUUUUUAUUAAACUGUGUUAUUACCGAGUACCUAAUGACUAAUCAAUAAAAACAAAUUUAUUAUUUAUAGUAAUUGUGUUGUUGUGACUUGGGAGUGAACUUUGGACCUUGAAUUAUUUGAAUAGAUACCUGACUCUGUUGAGAACAAUACGGGAUGUAAAAUAAGAAUAAUUUUUUACGCACACAGGUUUUUAGCUGUUGGAAUUAUGGAGGAUAUUAUAUAGCAAUAGAUGGGUGAAAACUUGUGAAAAUAGAAAAGAAUCAAAAAUUUGUUUGAUUAAAUUUUAAAUUUGACAAUUUUGACA